AUGAUUAGUGUGUCAGAUGAAGAGGUUAAAAAUGAAGUUUCUGAAGACACGGAUAAUAGCAAAACUCAAGGCGAAGAAGAGAUCAAAGUUGAGUUGCAAUCAUCUGAAGUGGUAGACAAAGGGAACAAUUUGAAUGAAAACGAAGAAUCUGGUGGUGGUAUUCAGGUGGAAGAACAAGUACUCGAAGCUGAAUCGAUAAAUGACGGUGUAACAGAUAUGCACUCAGCCACUGAGCAAGAAAUGAGAGAUCAGUUAGCAGCUGAUUCUGAUGAUCUGAAAGAAAAACUGGGAGUAUCUGCUACAGACUCAAGCGAUGCCCCGCGAGUAUUAUUAUUACCUAACAAGAAGCUAUCUGCUUCAGCUGCUCCAUUCAACCCAUCAUCACCUCCAAGUAUUAUACGUCCUACUCCGAUAGGCAUGAACAUUGGACCAUCGUGGCCAGUGAACAUGACUCUUCAUCACGGACCUCCUCCUCCUUACCCUUCACCUCCUACAACUCCAAACUUGAUGCAGCCAAUGUCUUUUGUUUACCCUCCUACUUACACUCAGUCAGUCCCCACAAGUACUUACCCUGUAACCAGUGGUCCUUUCCAUCCCAAUCAGUUCCCAUGGCAGCUCAAUGUAUCGGAUUUUGUACCAAGAACGGUUUGGCCCGGAUGCCACCCCGUUGAGUUUUCCCCUCCACACAUGAUCGCUUCCGAGCCAAUAGCUGCAACUGUGUUAGAGCCAACUGUGAUUCUACCAACUGAUAUCGACACUUCAGGUGUAGAAGAAGAAAACGAAGAAGGCAAUCGAGAUGUGGCAACCGCGGAUGAAGUUACCAAUUCCGUUAAUCAUGUGAGCAACGCAGUGGCUAGCAGUGAAAUGGAGAAUGGGAACCGGAAACCCGAGGAUAGCGAGAAAACGUUUAGCAUUUUGUUAAGAGGAAGGAGAAACAGGAAACAGACACUGAGAAUGCCAAUCAGUUUGCUUAACCGGCCUUAUGAUUCUCAACCGUUCAAGAUUUGUUAUAGUAGAGUUAUCAGAGACAGCGAGUCUCCAAAGUCUGCAGCAGCUUGA